UAGCAGGUGCCCAGGAUGAGCCGCACUAGGAGGGUGCGGUUGGCCUCGGAUCCUGUUCGUGGGCUUCCUGCAGGCGCCUGGCUGGCUGCUGUGAGCAGCAGGAUACCGGGCUGGAUUUACCCGCCUUGGCGGUAUCCUGGCUGCUGGUACCUCCCUGCAGCUCUUUUGUUCCAGCCAGGCUUAUUAGGGAAAGGUAACGUCAGAGGAGUGGGAGGAGGUCUAAACACUCCUUGCCUUGGCUUGCAACUUUUCCCCCAGUUUGCAGGUCUUGCAGAUAUAUCGAUAUCAGAAGAUAUUCCAGUGGAAGGGGAAAUCACUGUUCCUGUUGGAUCUCAUUCCCCGGAUGAAGACUACUCCACUCUGGAUGAGCCAGUUAAGGACACAGUUAUGCGAGAUCUAAAAGCAGUUGGGAAGAAGUUUAUCCACGUCAUGUAUCCCAAAAAGAGUAGCGCCCUCCUGAGAGACUGGGAUUUAUGGGGUCCUUUAGUCCUGUGUGUUUUACUUGCACUAAUGCUUCAGGGAGGAGCAGCAGAUAGUACAGAAGACAGAGGGCCUCAGUUUGCAGAAGUAUUUGUUAUCAUUUGGUUUGGAGCAGUUGUCAUAACGCUAAAUUCUAAGCUACUUGGAGGAACCAUAUCUUUCUUUCAGAGCCUUUGUGUCCUGGGCUAUUGUGUCCUGCCAUUGACAGUGGCUCUUUUGGUCUGUAGACUUGUGCUGUUAGCAAACUCUGACACUCCUGGCUUCAUUGUGCGUCUCUUAGUAGUGAUGGCUAUGUUUGGCUGGUCAACACUAGCAUCUACUGCCUUCCUUGCAGAUAGUCAGCCCCCAAAUCGCAAAGCCUUGGUAGUCUAUCCCAUCUUCCUUUUCUAUUUCGUUAUCAGCUGGAUGAUCCUCACCUUCACGCCAUAGAGAUAUGCAAUCAGCAAAGACUGCACAAUUGAAUUAAGACGGGUUUUUGUUUUUCCUGCAAAGUCUCUGUCAGUAGUUGGCUUUUGUCUUAUGUUGUCCUCUGAUUUAUCUAGCUAUAUUUAGACUGUGUGUUAUGAAAAGGCAGGACAGGUCUAUGGGAGUGUGCAAAAUGGUCACGUGUGUUUCUUGUUCUGCUAAAAACACUACUGAUGUCUA